AUGGGUAAUUUACCUUCAGAAAGACUAUCUCAGGCAUUUCCUUUUAUCAAUGUAGGAUGCGAUUACGCUGGUCCCUUUUAUUUGAAGGAAGGUAAGGCUCGUAAGCCAACUGUAACCAAGGCUUGGAUUUGCAUAUUUGUAUGCAUGGUUACAAAGGCAGUCCAUAUUGAGUUAGUGACAGAAUUGAGUACUCAAGCAUUUUUCUUAUGUUUUAAGAGAUUUAUAAGUAGAAGAGGAAAACCAAACAUGAUUUUUUCCGAUAAUGGAACCCAGUUUGUAGGCUCGAACAAUGAACUUUUGAAUUUCUUCAAGUCUAAUGGUGAUUUGAUCACUUCGCAUUUUAGUAAUGAGCGGAUAACUUGGAAAUUUAUUCCACCAAAGGCGCCCAAUUUUGGAGGCAUUUGGGAAUCAUGCGUUAAGAGUACGAAACAUCAUCUAAAAAGAAUAAUAGGUAAUAGUCAAUUGCGUUAUGAAGAUUUUUCAACAAAAUUGUGUCAGAUUGAAUCCAUACUCAAUUCCAGACCACUUACCCCCCUUUCCUCUAGUCCUGAUGAUAUGUCUCCACUCACGCCUGCGCAUUUUCUCAUUGGGCGACCCCUCACAAGUUUGCCUGAAUCUAAUUAUGUAGAUAUUCCUGAUGGUCGAUUGAAGGUGUAUCAGCAAAGGCAAAAGAUGGUACAGUUAUUCUGGAAACGAUGGAGCAAUGAGUAUAUCAAUGGCUUGCAGACUAGGUUGAAAUGGAAGGUCAAUGGUUCCAACAUCAUCAAGAAUGAAGCAUUGGUAUUGGUAAAGGAAGACAACGUACCUCCUCUGAUGUGGAAAAUGGGAAGAAUCGUAAGUCUCCAUCCAGGUGAUGACAGCGUUGUGCGCGUUGUGUCAGUGCGCUACAGCGACGGUAGCAUUCUCAAAAGGCCUGUAACAAAAGUGUGUGUUCUUCCGAUUGACGAGAAUAUGAACUCAAUUUGCGAGAAGAAGGAAUGUUAA